CACAAACUGGACUACAUCUCCCGGCAGGCUGUUCGGCUCCACGCGUGAGGCGGAGAGCUUCGUUUAGCAGCAUCAUGUCUGUGUUUAUGGAUUUAAACCUGAACUACACGACGGACAAGAGCAGAAUGCGGAGUCUGAUCGAGACAGCGGCCCACCUCGGUUUCUCCACGGUCGCAAUCAACCACGUGUUCGAACCCACGGCCAAAAAGAAGCAGGAGAUUCCGAGCCCGACGCUGAUCAAAGAGCUGAUCGAUGAGCUGCCCGCUGUGCAGGGUCGCUCUCGUCCAAUCAGAGUGCUCAACAGGUUGACCGUUGUGAUGUCCGACUCCAGUCACUUUAGGCCUAAUGCUGCAGAGUAUCGGGGGUUCGAUCUCCUCGCCGUCCAGCCGACCACAGAGAAACUUUUCCAUGCAGCCUGUAUGCUGUAUGAAGUCGACAUCAUCUGUGUCUCCGUCACAGAGAAGCUUCCGUUCUUCUUCAAGAGAGCGCCGGUCAACGGGGCCGUGGGCAGAGGGGUGGUGUUCGAGGUGUCGUACUCCGCGGCCAUCAGGGACUCCACCAGGAGGCGCUACACCAUCGCUAACGCCGUGUCCCUGAUGGAGAGCUGCAGAGGGAAGAAUGUGAUCCUGUCCAGUGCAGCUGAGAAGCCUCUGGAGAUCAGAGGACCGUAUGACAUCACCAACCUAGGUUUGUUGUUCGGGUUGUCAGACGCUGACGCUAAAGACGCCGUCUCCACAACCUGUCGAUCAGUUGUACUUCAUGCAGAAACCAGGAAGUUGGCCAGUGGGAUCAUCUACACCAUGAAGUCGUGCACGGAGUCCUCCAGCCUGCAGGGGGCUCCACCUGCUGACACAGGUGAAGCUCCGGCAGCCAAGAGAGCAAAGCCCCACCUGACGUAGUGAUUGACAGCUGAGGGAGGGAGGGGCUUCUCAGAGACCGUUUAGUAAACUAUUGACUGACACAAGAUCGAUCAAUCAAUUAAAAAAAAGCAUAUUUUCCUUUUGUCCACACUGUUACUCCAGAGACAUCUGAUGUAUUUUUAUGCAAUGAUUUGCAUGUUUCCUCCGUUAAUAAACAUUUCACUUAUUGUUAGUCACCAAGUCUGAAAAAGAGUCAAGUUUACAGAUGAUAGCAUCUCAUUAAAGGAGGUUAGCGGUUAGCAUCCGCUGUUCUCACGCCUUGGUCAUUAGAGACCCAACUGGUUAAAAUGACGUCUUUUGAUGAUUAAUAAAUAACAUGAAACACUG